AUGGCAACCGAGACCGGCCGUGUUUCAGAAAAAAGAAAAGAGGAAUGGUACGAAGAUAAGGAACAUGAUACCAAUCAACUAUCCUCGAAAGUGGCAUACGAACUGAAGAUAUUGGACCGACACAUUGCUGACAUCGAAGAAGAGAUCAAUAUUGCAGAAAAGAAAGUACUUGCAGAAAAAACCGAAAACACUCCAAACUUCAUCAGCACAUUCAACACUGCAAUGGAGAAAGUUGAAAAAACGAUCGUUGACGCUAUAGCCAAGAUGAAGGAAAAUCAACCUCGGAACAGUCAUGACAAAAGACGACGUUCUUCUGAGAAUGAUCCUAGAGAUCCAACUCCACGCAAAGUUCAACUGCUGUCGGACGACGAUUACAUGGAGAAGCUAAUUGAGGAGAACCACGACGACCACGACGAAUAUGACGAACGUCGCCAAAAAGAAGAAGAAAGCCGGCGUAGGGAGCGCCAGGAAUACAUUGAAGACUUAGAAAACGAGCUGGACCAACUUUAUCAGGGGCGCACUCUACUACCUCACAGAAAAAUAGGAGACGGACCUGAAACUGUCCCUGAGCACAUGAAAUGUGCCUUCUGUGGCAUUUACGGGCGCCACUAUUCAGAUUCCUGCUCAUUGAUCACUGAUGGUGACGAGCGCUACCGGUUCAUACAGAGGGAAAGACGUUGCCGACUAUGCCUCGGAAAGAACCACGGUCCUGACGAUUGCAGAACUGAGGAAAAAUCAUGCUGGUAUUGCGAUGUUAUCAUGGAUACGGCCCUAGACUUCCUGAUCAGCAAGCAGAAGCACCAUAGGGCUCUUUGUAGAGUACCUGAUUCGAAGGAUCGUAUCACGAAAAAAAUCAGGGCCAUCAAAGUGGAAAUCAACCGCGCGAAAUACGAACAAGACGCGCCGGCCGGAGUGUAG